UCCAGCCGCCGCUCGGCGCGUUAGCCCGCUAGCAUCGGCCGCGCACACCACCUCCCGUUGUCAUAUUAAUGUGACUGUGGCCCCCUCGUAUCUGUGGCCACGAUUCUAAUAACUCAGCAGCGGCGGAGCGCGGGGACAAUAGAGGCGUGUUUCUCCUGGGGGAGCCGAGCAGACACAGCGCCAAAAAUGGGGAGGAAGUCAAACAGAGCAAAGGAGAAGAAGGCCCGGCGUCAGGAGGAGAGGGCGGCUAUGGACGCCGUCUGUGCUAAGGUGGAAGCUGCCAAUAAGCUGGAUGAUCCCCUGGCUGCCUUCCCAGCUUUCAAAAAAUACGACAGAAAUGGGCUGAACCUGCAGAUAGAGUGUAAGCGGGUGACCACCCUCAAUCCCCUGUCUGUGGAGUGGGCCUUCGAACUCACCAGAGCCAACAUGCAGACACUGUACGAGCAGAGCGAGUGGGGGUGGAAGGAGAGGGAAAAGAGGGAUGAGAUGAACGACGAGAGGGCGUGGUACCUGCUGGCCCGUGACGGGGACUCCGCCCCUGUGGCCUUCUCUCACUUCCGAUUCGAUGUGGAGUGCGGGGAGGAGGUUUUAUAUUGCUAUGAGGUGCAGUUAGAGAGCAGAGUGCGGAGGAAAGGACUCGGCAAGUUCCUCAUCCAGAUUCUACAGCUCAUCGCUAACAGUACACAGAUGAAGAAAGUGAUGUUGACAGUUUUCAAACACAAUCACGGGGCUUACCAGUUCUUCAGAGAUGCUUUACAGUUUGAGAUGGACGAAACUUCGCCGAGCAUGUCCGGUUGCUGCGGCGACGACUGCUCUUACGAGAUCCUGAGCCGGCGGACCAAACACGGCGAGGCGCCGGCGGGACACACACACGGGGGGGGCCACUGCGGUGGCUGCUGCCACUGAUUCGACUCCAGUUACACCUUUUCUGAUUGGUUUAAAAAGCCAGCAACUGUCAUGGCUGUGUGUGAAAGCUUGAGCUGCCUGCUAUUCUGCAAACAUUGAGUUUGAACGGUCCUCUCUACAACCGUUUAAAAUGAACAGAUGGUGGACUACCUGGCUACAGAUGUUGAUGUCGCAUUGAGAUUCACUUGUCUCUUUGUUUCCCGCUACAAAGGCAGAAUGCAGAGUGAGCUUUCACACAUAGCUCCUGUUUGUCGUUUCCUACUUCUUGGUUCAAUGUCCAAGUCAUCUUUUCUCAUUCCCUUCUCCCACUUAAUGAUUAUCAGUAGUUCCCAGUCAAGAAAAAGGCCUUUUGCUGACAUUAUUUUACCAGCCACACUCAACCUCAUGUCAUCUUUCUCUCAUCACCUAAGCUGUUUUCAGACAUGACCUGCAGAUAAAAUCCAGGGAAUUUGCUAGGAAGUUAACCCAGAGUCCGCCUUCCACACAUGUACAACACAGCGAGUUGUUCUCUGCACAGACGCGUUCACAACAGCCACAAAUCCUCCUCGUUAUUCAGGCGCGAGUAAGAGCAGCCAGGUGCAGCACACAGACAGGAAGCUAUGUAUCAACUCUGCUGCGGAGAUCACAUGAUUUUCACACGACGAUGUCGACUAUUAUCACAACAAACCCUCUAGACAUAAUCGUCAAGUUUUUUCAACGUAUAGGACACCACGUUUUCACCGUGAUAUAUUUGUUUUCUUUGUCUAUUUAAUUUUUGCGUCUGUCGCGUUUUACAAGCGUCAUAAACUAGCUCACAGGGAAUCCAGCGAGAGAUCCCCUGCUGUGUUCUUACAUCCUCUUCUCCUGGAUUUUAACUAACAGUAUACUAGGAGGCCAGGCAGAUAAAGUCUGCAGAAAGUGCAGAGCGUCUCACUCGGUCAUUUGAGUUCACAUUUUCACUUCCUCUGAACAACCUACGGAGGAACUGCAGGGUGCAGUGCAUGUCUGAAAGCAACUCAAAUGUACUAUACUGUAUCAAAUCCUUCUGCAGUGCUGCUUUAUCUAAAGUGGCACAUUUAAGUAAGUUGAUUAUGUUUCAAUUUGAAUGACCAUGAAUACUCAGCAGGUUAAAAUCUGACUUUUAAAAUUUUUCCUUGGGAUCUCAUUCAAAGGCUCGGCACUUGUUUCCCACAGGAUUAUUUUGAGUGUACUCGAGUAAAUAUCCCGUAAUGAGCCCCUUGAAAACAGUCUCAGAAGCCUCUGUUAUAUUCUAACCCAAAUUAUGUUAAUGUGGUUUGUUACAUUUUAUUUUAGCUAAAGCACAUUUGCCCACAAUGCUACUAUUACAUGGUUACACUAUCCAAAUUGCAUGAGCCAGCUUCUCUUUGGGUGAUAACUAAAUGUAUAGAUGUCUCCAGCUUUUAUUUUUUUAUAACUUAUGAGACAAGAUGUUCAAGAUUGCCUUUUUUUGACACGACUUCUUUCUCCCAAUGACUUGAGUAAAAAAAAAAACUUAAAUUUUCCAUCAUUUGUUGCGGUAAAUUUGCAUCGAACCCACAAGGUAAAUAAUGCUUUAACCUCUCAUAUUUCAUAAUCCGGGGACAUGAGUUGAAAUGUUUACUUUUUCACCACCAUCUCUUCAUAGGAGAUUCAGUUCCUGUUGCCACAUUUUCCCAUUCUUCAGUUAUUUAAAAAACAAUACCAUCCUCUCUACUUCCUCCUUCAUUGUGCCUCUAUUCUCCCUCCCAUGUCCUAAAAGUGCUAAAGGAUGAGGGCAGACGUGUUAAGGUUGCUCUCAUCUUGAGUCACCUUUUCUUCAGUUGCAUUUCUCCUGUUGGCCUCUUAGUUCGCUUUGUUUCCAAGAGGUAUUAAUGAUAAACAAGUUGAUGCUACUUUUAGCUGUAUUUAAAAAGGAAAAAUACUACAAAAAACAUCUUCCAUCCCUUAUAUAUUUUGUUAGCAUGAGUGAAUCAUAUUGCUUUAACAUGGAUAAGAAUCGCUAGACGUCACCACUUCAUUAAAUGGAAGGGGAUGAAUGCUGUUUUCCUUGAAGGAGCACAGGUGGAUGGAUGAGUGGACGGGGGAUAGAAGUUAUCGCAGAGCUCUGAAACCGUACUUAUGGUCGUUAUUCUUCUCUUUACCUCGGUUGUGACGUGUUUUCCCAGCCCACUCAUUAGCUUGCAUGACAAGAUUUCAUGGAUUACACUCCAGUGAUGCUGCCUCUGAAGAGCAGCUGCACUGUUCACACCUGCACCUAAAGUCCUCAUGUGGUUCUGUUAGCAUUACCUUAAUGUUUCAUACAAAUCUGUGCAUGUUAGACGUAUGUGAAAGGGCUGAUUGUGUGAAAUUGAAAGGUAAUGCUUGGGUUUGAGCAUUUUAGCGUUGAGUUUAACUGUACAGCUGCCAAGAUUCGUGUAGGAGUUCGACUGAGGAUUUUAGAUUCACUAGUCGACCUAGAAAGGCUGCUGUAACCACUUCCACCUUGUCGAUUCCAUAUCUGUUUACAGAACCUUCAGGGUAUUUUUGGACAGUUUCAAGCGCCUGUCAGCUGGGUUAAAGGCAUCGAUUGAAAGAGAAAUCCAUUAAUUCCGGGACUGUAGUCGGUUUGUGAGGACUUUGUGUGUGGAAGAGUGAAAAGAUGCUCCUUUACACUACUGUAGAUGCAAAUAUUCCUCUGUCUGAUGUGGCUGAGAGAGCCUUAACUAGGUACGGUUUGAAAGGUUUUAGAACUGGUCCAAUCAUUGACUACUCGAGAUUUCAUUCAGAUUAUUGCCUGGUUAGUAUGUUGAAAACUAAAAUAAUACGUUACGUGUCAACAAAAGUGUUAUUAAGACAAAAACCCUUGUGAAUGAUCAAGUCUGGAACCUGAGGUGAACGUUUUUUGCUUGUUUCCAAACCUAAUGGAGACCAUAAAACAUUCAUAUAAAAAAUAUUCUACACAUGUAGACAACAUGAUGGUGUUUCCUGCUUGAUUGAACUCUGAUCAUGAGCAAGAAAAAACAAAACAAUAUAUUGCUUGUUUUAGACUGCCUUCUGCAAAGUACAGUAAUUCAUUUUUUUUGUACCGCAUAGGUUACAGUAAGAAAACAAAAGUUUUUGUACAUAGUGGUAGUUUAUAACCGACUGACAGUCUCUCUCAGGUUAAUCAAACGUAAUCAAACCUCAUCUGUUUCACUUAAACAGCCAUGUUGUCAGUUUGGUGUUAACUGGAUUGAAUUGGCCGCAGCUCGGAUCUAGAGUAAAUUUGUUUGUGUCAUACCAAAUUUAAAUGAAUUUCUGAUUUGUAAAACUGUAUCAAACUUUACCAAGAAAAGAAAACUACUUUUCAGGAGUUGAUUUUUGUUCUUGCGUGAAUUGUGAUUCAGUAAAAGAAAAAAGUUUCUUCACCUUGGAGAUGUGAAAUGGCUUAAAGGAAAUAUGACACAAAUAUUGAACUGAACCUGGAUCCGUGCUCAGUGGUUUCAUUCAUCCAGAUAAGUGGGCUGUGUUAAAAAAGAAAAAAAUUGGCUCGCUUGAACCAGAAAUUCAUUUGUGAAAAUAUGCUAACUUGAUAAAUGAGCCUAAACUUUGCGAGAUUAUUUCAAAGUCACUGAGAAGUUUUAUUUUGGAAAUGGUUACAUACAUACACACAAAAUUAGAGAUCUAUCUACUGGUCUUUUCUCUGUGUAUAUAUAUAUAUACAUAUAUAUAAGCUGUUGUGAAUCCAUAUUCAUUUUAAUUUCUUGGCCUUUUACAAGUAAAACACUUUUUUAAACAUGUUUAAAAAUACAAAAAAAACCUUCCAUGAUUGAGAGUGAGUGUUUAAAUAGUCUUGUCCAUAAACGAUAAUGAAAGGGAAAAGUAAGUCAUUCUGCCUUGUCAGUGUUUUAUUUGUAUGUUACAAAUAAAGGAAAGUUGUUUGACUUUUCAA